AUGGCAUCCGCUUCGCGAAGCUUCACCCGCGCUCUGCGCACCGCCGCGCCCACCUUCCGCACCACCUCGACGCGCUCUGCCCGCUUCGUUGCGCCUCAGCAAGCUUUCCGUCAGCAGCACCAGCGCCGCGGCUAUGCUUCCGAGGAAUCGGCAAAGGACAAAUACGAGGGCAAUCCCAAUGGCAUGCUCUACGGUGCCGGUGCUCUCGCCGCCGCCGCCGCAGGUUAUGGCAUCUACCUCAUGAACCCUGAGCUAUUCGGCCAGUCGAAGAAGACUCCUGCUAUCAUUUCCCCGAAAUUCGAGGACUACCAGAAUGUGUACAACGCGAUUGCAAAGAGGCUGGAGGAGCACGACGACUACGAUGAUGGCAGCUAUGGCCCGGUUGUCCUCCGUCUGGCAUGGCACGCCUCUGGAACCUACGACAAAGAAACUGGCACCGGCGGCUCCAACGGCGCGACCAUGCGCUUCGCCCCUGAAGGCGACCACGGCGCCAACGCCGGCCUCAAGGCUGCUCGCGACUUUUUGCAGCCUGUAAAGGAGCAGUUCCCCUGGAUCACCUACUCCGACCUGUGGAUCCUCGCCGGCGUCGCCGCAAUCCAAGAAAUGCAGGGGCCUAAGAUUCCCUACCGGCCCGGUCGCGCUGACCGCGAUGUUUCCUUCUGCACGCCCGACGGCCGUCUUCCCGAUGCUUCCCAGGGUGCUUCCCACAUCCGCGCCAUCUUCGGACGCAUGGGUUUUGGGGAUAAGGAGAUGGUUGCCCUGUCUGGCGCACACGCUCUUGGCCGCUGCCACACCGACCGAUCUGGUUUCGAUGGACCAUGGACCUUCUCUCCUACCACUUUGACGAAUGACUACUACAAGUUGCUGCUCGAGGAGAAGUGGAGCUGGAAGAAGUGGAACGGCCCGAAGCAGUUUGAGGAUGUGAAGACGAAGAGUCUGAUGAUGCUGCCGACCGACAUGGAGCUUAUCAAGGACAAGUCAUUCCGCUCGUACACUGAGAAGUAUGCGAGGGAUAACGACGCUUUCUUCAAGGACUUUUCUGAAGCUGUGACCACCCUGUUCGAGCUCGGUGUGCCGUUCACACAGAGCGAGGACCAGAGGUGGGUGUUCAAGAGCUCAUUCGAUUAA